AUGGAAAGUAUUGGGCUUCGUGUAUAUCGUUAUGCUUAUAGUCAGAUGAAGAGGCCAAAGGUGAAGAAAUGUCUCGAAGAAAUUGAACAAGCAAAGAACCGUCUCAAGAGUGUGACACCAGAACAUGAAGGUGCACCUGUUCUCCUCCUUGCCCUGUUUGACGAGGAUGAAGAGCUCAUCUACAAGACUGUUGAGGAGACCGCCCAUCAUGAUGACUUGGGAGACAUGCCAGUGACGCCCAUAAUAUGUAUGAAAGGACCAGGUCUCUUUGAGGCAGAAAUGUUUACUGUCUGUGUGGAUGGUGUUGCGAUAUUGACUACUCAGUGGGCUGCAGCUUUCAAAGUCAUGUUCCUCUUAUACUUCGUUCUUAACAUAGAGUAUCCACCUGAAGUGGCUUUGACAUUGGAGUUUGUGCAGAGGUGA